AAAAGUGCUGCAGACGCGGCGUCGAGCGCUGUUCAGAAUUGAUCUCGCCUGCGGUGGGUAUUGGAAAAGUUUGGAAAAUGAAGUUCCUGACGGUAUUAGCCGUCGUCGCGGCCGUCAGCUUCAGUCUAGCAGCAGCUGACUAUAAUACCAUCAAGACUGCCGACAAAGAUUUUCUCCUGAAACAGAAGAAGAUUUAUAAUCUUCUGUACUAUAUCUCGCAACCCUCCCUUGUAAAUCCUUCAUUAUACGAGGAAGGUCGCUCGUACAACAUUGAAGCCAACAUAGAAUCGUAUACUAAUACGGCUGUGGUGAAGAACUUUCUCUAUCUAUACAAGUAUGGCAUGCUUCCUCGUGGCGAGCUCAAUUCCAUGUACUAUCCAAAACUCCGGAAGGAAACGGAGGCGCUAUUUCGUCUAUUCUAUUAUGCCAAGGACUUUGACAUCUUCUACAAAACGGCAUUAUGGGCGCGUAUUUAUAUAAACGAGAUGCAGUUUGCUGAAGCCCUGUACACCGCAGUUAUAUUCCGUGACGACACUAAAUUCAUUCAGUUACCGCCUCCUUACGAGAUGUACCCAUAUGGAUUUUUCAAUUCCGAAGUACUCGAAAAAGCACACCAUGCAAAACUCUUCGGAAAACUUGACUCGAAGAAAGUCGGUGGCUAUGAUACCUACAUCAUUCCGGCAAAUUAUUCCGGAUGGUACAUAUCGCGCGAGUACGAUUUGGAGCACAAAAUUAAUUACUUUACCGAGGACAUUGGCCUGAACGCUUACUAUUUCUAUAUGCGGAAAGACUAUCCAUUCUGGUUAAAGAGCGAUGAAUUCAGCAUGCAACAGAAUCGCGGCGUAGAUUACCUUUACAAUCAUAAGCAGUUGUUGUCUCGUUAUUACUUGGAACGGCUGUCCAACGACAUUGGUAAAAUUGAAGAUUUCGAUUGGCACAAUGAGUUCUAUAUUGGAUAUUAUCCAACAAUGACCUAUCACAACGGAUUACCGAUGCCUCAGAGACCAUACUGGAGCAAAUUUCCCUACUACAAGUACAAAUACAUAAAGGACAUAGAAGACAUGGAAUCUCGAGUAUCGGCGGCCAUUGACUCCGGAUUUGUUUUGGACCCAACUGGCAAAAUGAUCAACAUUUACACACCCGAAGGUCUUAACAUUCUUGGUAAUAUUAUUGAGGGCAAUAUGGAUUCCUGCAAUUCCGAUUUUUACGGCAACAUCGAUCUGUUUGCGAGAAAAAUCUUUGGAUACAACUUGGAGCCGUCAACCUCGUAUCAGAUUAUACCUAGUGCUCUCGAAUUUUACAGCACGUCCAUGAGAGAUCCUGCAUUCUAUCGUAUCUACAAAAGAAUAAUGUUCUACUAUGACAGGUACAAAAUGCAUCAGAAGCCAUACAACAAGAAUGAAAUUGUUUAUCCCGAAUUGAAGAUCGAGUCUUUUGUCGUGGAUAAAUUAAUUACUUAUUUUGAUCAAUUCGACACUUCGAUCAGCAACGGUUUGAUAAUCGAUGAUGCGAAAGAGGCUGAAAACACGUUGAUCAAAAUUCGUCAAUAUCGUCUCAAUCACAAACCGUUCAGCUUCCAUCUCGCCAUCAACGCUGAGAAAUCUAUGAAGGCCGCGAUACGCAUUUUCCUCGGACCAAAAUAUGACAUUCAUCACAAACCGUUUAAUUUCGCUGAAUACGCAAAAUACUUUUAUGAAAUGGACAACUGGAUAGUCGAUCUGAACGCCGGUACGAACAAGAUCGUCCGAAACAGUCAAGAUUGCUUCUUCGCCAUACCCGAUCCGGAACCGAGUGAAAUACUAUACAAGAAGAUGCUCAAGGCCUUGGACGGUUCCUUGAAUGGUUCCGAUUCCUUCUCAUAUCCGGAAAGAAUUUACGGAUUCCCCGAGCGUCUGCUCUUGCCCAAAGGCAAGAAAGAGGGCAUGCCCUUCCAGAUAUUCGUAUACAUCAAUCCGGUCGAAGGAGAACCGAUUCCUUACAUGUCCCGCGUUUUUGGUGGCUAUAAAUUCGAUAACAAGCCAUACGGAUUCCCCUUGGAUAGGCCUGUUCUCAAUUUCCGUUACGAUGACUCAAACAUGAUGUUGAAAGACAUUAUAAUCUAUCACAAGGAUGAGACGGAGUUGAAUGUGACUUAUUGAUCGUUAUUUAUGUUAAAUUUGUCAUCAUUUGAUUUAAUGUAAUUAAUCAUAAUUGUAAUCGUAUCAGAAUGAAGCACAAUUUAGUUCAUUUACACUAAAAAAUUUUUUCAUGACUCACAAAUAUGUAUUAACAUAUUAACACGUAUUGUCCACACGAUUAUAAAUGUAAAAAAAGUUCGACUUGUGAUUAAUUUAUAACGAUUACUCUUAUAUAAAAUUCUUAUACAUUUAAUGACAGCCUUUGUUUUAUUGACAAUAUCUUGUGCUUUGAUAAGAGAGUUGAUUAUUUCAUUUUAAUAAAUCAUAAAUAGAAACUCGUAA